UUUCAAUCUAACCGGCGCUAAUAAUCAAACGAACCGCAUUCGCAUUAGGACGCCAAAAUUCACGACCUAAAACCCCUACGAUUCUUGGCUUUUUGGGACGUCGUGGGUUUCGUAUCCCUGAUCCACGCCCCCUUGAUCAGGGGUUUUGAUGGAUCGGAAUCUAACGAACCAAUUACCUUCGUCCCCAUCCUCGGGCGACCAUCUGAUCGCAGCAAAAAAUCUCACUAGCAGACGCCUGACUAUCGCACGAUGAUGUCUUCAGACAGUCCCCAGACAAGGCUUGUAGAUGGCGCCCACAGGUUAAGCUGGAUCUCGGGGUUACAGAGCCGUGGCAUGCCGGGUAACCCCGUGUUUGACGAUACAGUCCUGAGAUGUAGGAUUCGAUAUCUGUUUUGACUUAUCAUGUCGUUUCUCCCAAGGGAAUUGUAUUCUAGAUUUUCCUUUCCCUCACUUGCUCUUCUUUGCCUCUUCACUCACUUGACAGGUUCUUGGCGUUCUUUUCUCUGCAUUCGUGGCUGGCCACUUUCUUCGGAUUUUUUAUUCAAAUAUUACUUAAUAAUCAUUUGCACCGGCAUCACGACAAUCAGCAAAAAUGUAUGCGAUACGGUCUUCUCUUCUCGCCACCCUGUUCUGGGCUUUGUGUGUUUUCCAAGUCACCGCGGUCGCUGCAGAGAAUGCGGACUCCAAGACGGGAAUGCUCUUGGCCCUGCGCCAGAAUACCGCGGCCGUGAGUUGCCCGGAGUAUUCUAUGGUCGCCAAUUACUCCACCAUCGGCUCAAAUUCGACGUACCGUGCCGCAUUCCAACAAUCUUCUCCCCUCGGCACAUUCCAGUCUAAUGCGAUUAUGGACGGAGCAACUGCCAAGCUACCCCAAUUCAUCAACAACAAGGCGAUUAACGAUGCGUGUGGAAAUUUGACUCAAAUCGCUAUCACAGAGGCGGCGAAUAACUUCACCAGGGGCAUUGUCGCGAACUUCAACAUCAACGCUGGUAUCAAGAACUCAGGAGAAUUGGGUAUGGUGGUCACGAUGGUUUUGGCGACUGUUGGUGUCCUCUCGUUUCUAUGAGGGACCGAGGGAGAGGAUAAGAUCAAAGUCCAGUGUGGGGAGGAGGGAUUGCUAGUAUGGCGAAGUUAGCCUUAGCUUCUAUUAGGCUUGUAUAAAUACCACCUAGCAGGCUGGCAAUUUUCAAGCUCUACUGUUAGCUAGCAAGUGAAUGCCUAGGUCUAAUGAUUAUUCGCCAAGAAUUGACGAUGUGAGCAAAAUGAAAACAGGAUGUCUACGUCAAUAAUGUCACCGUGAAUGAUGUUGAUUGCC